GGAGACAAAGGAAAGCCAUUUCCUUCCCCCUUGCAGAAAUCGUCUCUGAAUUUUUUGGUCUUGAACGACUUGGAGGAAAUCUGCAUCAUGGACCACUCAUGCAGCUCUUGGGGUUUCCCUGGCUUUUUCCCCUGGUGUUUACCAAUCUUCCUUUUGCAAAAGCUGAAGUUCAUCAAGAGAGCCAGGAUGGCUGCUUUGUGGAUGGGAAAGUUUCCCCCAGUCCUAUCUACUCAGCAUCCAUUUUCUAGCCCCUGUGCCUAUAUCAGCACCCCACCCCCAAAGUGGUGGAAUUUUGUAUUUUUUUAAGUGGCCCUUGAGUAUCAUGAUAUUAUUAUAACAAUGUGUCAAUCAGUUUCUCAUAGUUCCUGGCUUUAAUUUUUUUAAAAGCAGGUUUCUUUCUCUUUCCAUGCCUUGCCCUUGAUUUGCCCAUGAUAAAAGGGGUGGAGAUUUAAAAAAACAAAACCCUAAGAAUUCAAAGAACUUGAUUUACAUACUGUUGUAAUACUAGAUCAAUAUAGCUAUAUUCAGUUCCCAAUUUUUAAAAAAACACUGGAGAAAAUCUUUGGUGUGGCAGCAACUAUGGCCUCUACUGGAAGACCGUGACAAUGGAAAUAUGGGGGAAACUGCCAUAUUAAAGUCCCAUUGCACCUGAACUGUUAUCUGCAUGGCAGCCAGAGUGAGGGAAUUAUACUAACCUUUUCCCUGGAGGAAAACAAUUUAGAUAGUUUCCCCCCACCCUCAUUCUGGUCAUUGUCUUGUAGUUUUGGGUUCUUUUCCUACUAUGUUGGCCAUGUAUGAAGGGGUGUUUUACCUCCAAGUUCCCAUAUAUUAUUAACCACAGUUGUAAGACCUCUGCAGGGUCAGCAGGAAAGAGACAUCUUUCCUAUCUUGUGCAGGUAAAAACCUAAGUCUCAGACCUGGCCAACAUGUCCAGGAAGAAGACCUGGCAGAGAACUGAGGUACUGGAAAGGCAUUAGUUCUAGCCCUUUCAUCCUGCUUUUUCCUUGUGUGGAUUCCAGGUGGCUUCACUUGAGACUCUAGGUGGAGGAACAUGUUUUUUUCCCUCUGUUAAAAUCUCCCUGCCACUGAAAAGCAUUAUGGCCAGCACAGGCAGAUGGUAGAAACUCUUUCCCUAUGGGACUAGUUUUCUCUGUGCAAAAAGAUCUUUACUCCUAGCUGGCAUCUCUCACCUGCCACCUAAACUCAAGCAGUUCAUCCCAUCCCCUCAGAACCUUGCUAGCCCAUGACCAGCCCAUUCGCCUAAUUGUGUAUGGCAGGCCAAAGUGUCUUGCUUCCCUCAGAGUGGAAGAGGGAGUGGGUUGAUUUCAGGCAAGGUUAGGGACUCAUUGCAGGAGAAUAGAAGGAAAUCUGGCCAGGAGGGGAGAAGGAUGAAUGAAUGAGGAAGAACGGAACUCCCCUCUUAAGAAAUGGCUGGAUUGGGGGAAAGCUGUGAAGUCAAACACUACAGAGCCUUCCGAGAGGAAAUGUAGGAUUUUGGAUUGUGCCGUAAAGGAAAUCUGGAGAGUUUCACUGAACUGACUGCCGCCGAGUAUGUGUGUGCUGUGCACCAACAAAGGUUUCCCACCCACUUUAUUUUUCUCUCUCCCAGGCAGCAACAAAAAUAUAUUUUUGAUGUCUUCUCUGCCAUCACCUUUGUGUGGAGAGAUCUCUUCUAUCAUGCAGCCAGCUGAGGGUGAGGUGUCCUUUGAAGAGGUGGCUGUUUAUUUCACCCAGGGGGAGUGGACCCUGCUGCACCCCAUCCAAAGAGCUCUGUACAAGGAAGUCAUGCUGGAGAAUUUCAGGAACGUGGCUUCACUGGGACUUCUGAUUGCCAAACCUGACCUCAUAUCCUGUCUGGAAGAGGAGGAGGAGCUGUUUCUGCUGGGCUCUGAUGAAGAGGAGGGACUAGCAGGAGCUGUGUGGAAGACAGCAAAUGAAACACACAAGCAUUUGUUGAUGGAGGAAGAAGAUGCAUAUUCAGAUGUGAAAGAGAAAGUCGGAUAUUGGGAUGUGCUGACAAAAAAGGAGGAAAAACAGCCAUAUAAAAGAAGGAAUAAUCCUACUGUUUUACAAGGGAGAGAUUCUCUACUGCAAACAAUACACAAAACACAGAAUAAAAAUCAGUGCGCUGAAAGUGGGCAAAAUAUUCCUGAAAAAUCAGAUAGAGAUAUUCAAUGGAACACCUGUAACACAAAAUAUAUAUAUACAUGCCUGGAGUGUGAGAAAAGCUUUGGGCGGAAAGAUAGCCUAAUUUUUCAUCAAAGAAAUCACACAGGAGAGAAACCAUACAAAUGCCAAGAAUGUGGUAAAAGUUUCAGUCAGAGUUCAAACCUUAUUUUCCAUGAAAGAAUUCACACAGGGGAGAAACCAUAUAAAUGCUUGGAGUGUGGGAAAAGCUUUGGGCGGAAAGAUAACCUAACUUCCCAUCAACGAAUUCACUCAAGGGAGAAACCGUAUAAAUGCCUGGAGUGUGGAAAUACCUUCAGUCAAAGUGGAAACCUUACUUCCCAUCAAAGAAUUCAUACAGGGGAGAAACCAUAUAAAUGCCUUGAGUGUGGAAAAAACUUCACUUACAGCGGACACCUUACUGCUCAUCAAAGAAUUCACACAGGGGAGAAGAAAUAUAAAUGUCUAGACUGUGGGAAAAACUUUAGGAGAAAAGACAGCCUAACUUCCCAUCAAAGAAUUCACACAGGGGAGAAACCAUAUCAAUGCUUGGAGUGUGGAAAGAGCUUCACGGAGAGUGGAAGCCUUGCAUCCCAUCAGAGAAUUCACACAGGGGAGAAAAAAUAUAAAUGCCUGGAGUGUGGGAAAAGCUUCAGUCAGAGUGGAAGUCUUAGUUCCCAUCAAAGAAUUCACACAGGUGAGAAACCAUAUAAAUGCCUUGAAUGUGGAAAAAGUUUUAAUCAGAGUUCACACCUUACUUCCCAUCAAACAAUUCACACAGGGGAAAAACCAUAUACAUGCCUGGAGUGUGGUAGAAGCUUCAGUCAGAGUGGAAAUCUUACUUCCCAUCAACGAACUCACAAAGGACAGUAAUGUGUAAAAAUAUCUGGAGUGUGCAAAAUUCCUCAAUUACUAUUAUUUCAUAAUUAAUUUGCAUGGAAAUAAUUUGCAUGGAAGAAACCAGUUUAAUGCCACUAUGUGGAAAAAUGGAGAGUGCAAACCUUGAUUCACUUUGGGUAAUUCACAUUGGGAGAUUCCAUAUUAAUUCUUGAGAGGAUGAAAAAACCUCAGAGCAAAUCUCACUAUCCAUCAAAGGAUUCAAAAAAGGGGAAACUGUAUAAGCCUGAAGUGUUGAAAAAGUCUCAGAGUAGAAACUUUACUUCCCACCAGAGAAGUCAUGCAAAGGAAAAACCAUAGAAAUGUUUGGGCUGGGUAUCUAUUAAAGUUGUACAGGGAUAGAGAAACAACAUACUCCACUCUGCAAAUCCAGGACUGUGUAGUGAUACAUUGUAAUCCUUAGUAACACUUGCCAAUCACUGAAAAUUAGCUACUUAAUAAAUAUAACAAUAACCAGGCUAUUGCAAACUGAAGUGUCACAUUCACACCAGAGAGUCACAGAAGUGGAAAAGCUACACCCCACCCUUUCCCCUAUGUAUUGUGGUUCUGACAUGUGUGUGCUGACCAUUCAUAAAUGACUCAACAACACUGAGCAUUUUUUUUAUCCCUGGUACUGAUUGGAGGUUCAGAGGCUGAAGAAAAAAUUAGUUCAGAGACUGAGUCCUGAUCAAAGUCUCCCUUUAGAAUCCUGUGCAGCCUCACAGGUACAGCAUGUGGGGUAAUCCCAAGGGAAUUGGGGACUACUUUUAUAGACAGAUCAUCCUAUUAGUUAUGGGUUUCAGCUCUCAGGGAUUUGAUUUGUAAUGUGGAGAAUAGUUUGAAUUCUACUGGGUGUUUCAAAGUUAACUUUUUCCAGAUCCAGGUGGGAAGGUCUGAAGAAUAUUACAGACAUUUAGAUGGUCUCGUUUAGAAGAGAUUUCACAGGUUGAUCAUAUGGAUUAGUGACUCAGUCUGGAAUGGAUGAUAAGAUUGUGUCCUAGGGUAUAUGCAUUGCAUAUUCUUGCAUGCAUUAGGGCUAUUACUAUGGUGUGGCCAAACUUGCUUAAUGAAAGAGCUACAUAGAAUAAAUAUCAGAUGUUUGAGAGUCACAAGAUAUGAAUAAAUAUUGUUACAAGCACACUUUGUUACAAACCUUUUAUAUAAAUGUUAAGCAAUACACAUAAUAAUUAUUCAUGUAUGUAAUUUUAUUAAUAUUAAAUGUGAGAAUCAUUCUGGAAGAGAAGCUAAGGGUAGUCUGGUCACAACUUAAAUAAUAAAUGUGCUGAAAUGAA